AUGGAGUCAUUACGUCUGCGAUGGACCGAGUACGAGCUCAACUGGAACCAGGUGUUGGCGGAUGCCUAUUACGAGCGGGAGUUGACGGACGUGUUGGUGGUGUGCGAGCACGGGGAGGGCAUCAUGUGCCACGGCGUGGUGCUGUCUGCCUGCUCUGUGCUCCUGCACGAGUUGCUGGAGGAGACGACGGCCGAGUGCUCGGUGGUGGUGCUGGACGGCGUCAGGGGCAGCCACUUUGACGUCCUGCUCAAGUACAUGUACUUUGGGGAGGUGCUGGUGCCCGAGGGGGACUUGGAACAGGUCCUGGACCUGGCGUGUCAGCUGAGGGUCAAGGGGCUCAUGGAGUUUCGCGCGUCUGCGCUGUUGGGCACGUUUCAUAGCUGCGAGAAGCCAGAGUCGGAAGAGUUGCGUGGUGCCUUGUCAGACGAGGUUUUUGCGACGAGUGCGGACUUAUUUGCGGAAGAAGCGAAGUUCUCGUCGAGAUACAGCGAACUGUCCUCGGCGCCGUCUUCUGGCCACAACGACUCGUUGCUGGCAGCAGUGCCUGCAACCACGGGCUGCAGCAGUCUGGCUGACGACAACAGCUCCUUGUCUGACGAACCCCAACUGCCCUUGUUCUCGGAGCCGAUGAAUAACACGUUUCUGGUGAGGGGAAAAAUCCUCAUUUGGCCGACAAGUGUGAGACCCCGAGAUGCGGACGGACGUAAUUGG